CUGUCUUCCUCCUCUUAAUUCUAAAUUCCACAUCAAUAUGUCUUGGUUGCAGUUAUUUUUUCAUCUAACAUUUUUAUCUUUUUGAAGCCAGCAAUGUUAUGAGAAGAAUAAAUAGGUGAUUAUUUUUCUUCUAUUAUUCUGGGCAAAAAAUGAACAAGACUCAUAAUAAAAAAAGUAAGGUUGAUAAGUGUCCUUCCGUCGCACACGAAAAAAAGAUCAAAGAUGUACCUAAGAACUGCUUUUUAAGUGAAAAAUGCCUCGAAAAUACAGAACUGAAGAAUGGCAUUGCAAAUGGGAUAGCUGAAGAUGACUCAUUACCAGUUAAAAGGAGAAAUGGAAAAGGUAAAAAAUGUAAGCAAAACAAUGAUAAACCUGUAAAUAUUGAAGAUGAAAACGAAUCUGAAACAAUUCACUUGGCGAAGACUGCCCACGAAGUUGAAAAAAAAAUAGACCAAAGUAGCAGAAAUAAAAAUGAAAUUUCAAAGGAUGUUAGAACUGUAAAUAGUGUAGAUAAUAAUAAAAAUGGCACUAAGAAUCUGAACUCUGAAGAUGAAAAAUUAGAUACUAAUUAUAAUAUUUCUUGUGAUAAUAUCCCAACUCCUGAUCUGGAUGAAUUGGAAUCUGUUAGUCAAACACAAUCUAUCGACAAUGUGAAUAACGAUCAGGGGGCCUCAAGUAGUUCGACUUUGAUAAGAGGUAGUGAAGAUAAUACACAGUGCAAAGAAGCAAUUUUAAACAUCACCAGAGAGCAUGUUGCAGAGAUAACAGAUAGUUUAAAAAAUGUCCAGUUAGAAGACAGCGAACUCAAGUCAUGUGAUUCUCUAAAAACAAAGCACAAGAUAGAUUUUAUACAGUACGAGUCUGAGAUGCAGAUGCCAAUGAUCAUGAAAAUCAUUCAAAAAGAUUUGUCCGAACCUUAUUCAAUUUACACAUACAGAUACUUCAUCCACAACUGGCCAAAGCUGUGCUUUCUGGCAAUGUGUGAAGGAGAAUGUGUAGGUGCAAUUGUAUGCAAAUUAGACCUUCACCGUAAAGUGAUCAAAAGAGGUUACAUAGCAAUGUUAGCCGUCGACCAAAAGUAUCGCAAACUUCGAAUUGGUUCUAACCUCGUUCGAAUGGCUAUUAGCGAAAUGUUACAGGGUAAUGCUGAUGAAGUAGUCCUCGAAACCGAAGUAACUAAUAAACCGGCAUUACAACUUUACGAGAAGCUAGGAUUUGUUCGAGAUAAGAGACUCUUCAGAUACUAUUUGAAUGGUGUGGAUGCACUGCGGUUGAAAUUAUGGCUCAGAUGAGUAUUUGGACGUUAUUACGACUAAUUUUUUCAGAUGCCAUAUUACACUUUUCACGUGAUUUGGUUUCUAGUUCAGGAUUCAAAGAGUUCAGGGUUAAUUUCAAAACAGGAAGUGAUAAAAACAAGGUAGUUGAUUAUUUAUUUUGUGUUCACAAACUGAUCAGAAAGUCUAUUAACAUUAUUUACUAUAUCAACUUACUCUUACUUCUUGAAUCCUGGACUUUAGUUAGAAUGAAGUAGUUGACUGUUGAAAAUUUUAUUCCUGUUGUUUGUUAUAUUUUUUUUCUUCAACGUGUGUUUUCAAGAUAUCUUUUAUUUCAUAUCCAUGAGUAUAGUUUGCAAAUGAAAGACAAAAAAACUGAAACACUCAAAAUUUUCAUAAGUUCAAUGCUACCUAACCUUUGAGAUUCUCUUUUCUUUGAGUAAAUAGACAAAUAAACAUUUCAAGAAAUC